GCGUGUCUACCUGGUUUACACCCGAUGAGUGCUUCUCAAGGCACAAGGCAAGCAUGUGAUGUGGCAAACACCUCAGUGAUACUGUACUUGGCGCGUCGUCUUUGGAACCACCUUGAUUUCAUCGAGACCGCACACUACCAAAAAGAACUCCAAACUCCAAACACUAACCCACGCACCUGCACAUAUGAUGCAGCGCUGCAUAGCCUCAUUCGGCCGCCGCCAGAGUUGCUCGAUGUCACGCCGAUGGUUGCCAGUUCUUGCACAACGCGACUUCGUCACCACCCAGCAGCGCAAGGGCAUGCGUGUUGGCUUCUUCUCGGCACACAACUACGAGAUCGGCGCGAUGAAAGCUUUGGCCGAGUGUGCAGGGAUCGCUAAGGACAACGAACUUGUCUUCUUCUCCAACCGGCUUACGCAACAAACCACGCAGCUGGCUGAGGACUGCGAGGGCGUCUGCAUCUUCGUCAACGACGUCGCUGACGCGACUUCGCUGCGCAGACUCUACGACCGUGGCACUCGCGUGCUUUUCCUGCGUUGCGCUGGUUUCGACAUGGUGGACCUUGACGUGGCCAAGGAGCUUAACAUGCCCGUUGUGCGCGUGCCGGCGUAUUCUCCUUACGCUGUAGCCGAACAUGCUGCCGCCUUGAUGAUGACGCUGAACCGCAAGACACACCGUGCUUUCAACCGCACGCGCGAGCAAAACUUCCGGCUUACGGGUCUGAUGGGCUUUGAUAUGAACGGCAAAACGGUGGGUAUCAUUGGUACGGGCAAGAUCGGUGCCAUCUUCGCGCGUAUUUGCAAGGGCUUCGGAUGCCGCAUCGGUGCCCUGUUCGCUCGUAUCGCUGCUGGCUUCGGUGCCAAAGUACUCGGCUACGAUGUGGUGCAGAACCCCGAGGCUCUGAGCUAUGGUGUCGAAUACGUUUCGCUGGACGAGAUGUGGAAGCGCGCUGACAUCAUCUCGCUGCACUGCCCGCUGUUCCCUUCCACCAAACACACGAUCAACGCCGACAGCAUCUCAAAGAUGAAGAAGGGUGUCACGAUUAUUAACACGAGCCGUGGCGGUUUGAUCGACAACAAGGCCCUUGUGGAUGGCCUGAAGAGUGGCAAGGUCGGCGCAGUGGGUCUUGAUGUGUUCGAGGGUGAGGGUGCAUACUUUUACUCGGAUCGCUCGGGUGUUGUCAUCCAAGACGAGACCUUAGCUCGCUUAUUCACGUUCGCGAACGUACUGAUCACGGGUCACCAGGCUUUCUUCACCAAGGAGGCCCUGGACAACAUUGCCCUGACGACUUUCGCUAAUGUGAAGGCGUACGAGGCCAAGAAGACGCUGGUGAACGAGGUCAAGUAA